AUGUUAACAGGUGAACGGGAAAAAUCUCUGAGCCGGCCUCGCCAUCCUUGCUCUCCUCUCCCGACCCGAGGGCGCCGGGAGGCAAGAGAAGGCGACCUGCCUGCUGCACCCCAGGUCCCCCCAAAACAGAGGGAAGUGGCCUCGGGUCCCGAGGACCGCCGCUCCACGUCCCCCGCCGCCCGCCCGAGGGGGGCAGGGUCAAAGGCCGCGGGCAGGCGAGCAGCGAGCAGAUUGGCUGGCGGACGAGCGCGCAGGCGCUGGGGUGGGCCCGGUGCCCGCCGCGGUCGCGGCCGCGGGGCCUUGAAUCCCUCAGCUACUCACCAGGUGCUGGGAAUCCGGCCACCGGCAGGCACUCAGCCGCCAGAGCCGUUGAAGUUGGGAGGAGAGACAGCGUCCCCGGCCUACCGGCUACGACGCCAACCAGCCCCGCCUUCCAGAAGGCGCGCGCAGAGCGUUCCGGGAGCCCUGAGGGGCGGGGCCGGGCCCGCUGAGGGGGCCGGGCCCGCUGAGGGGCGGGGCUCUGGUUUCCCGGCACCGGCCCUACGUGUCUGCGAGGGUCAGGAGGGGAGUGGAGGGGGAGAGUCUUCCGUUGCCUUCGUACGGAUGGAGAAAAGAGGCGGAGUGGCGUCGGGCUGGCCUACCCUUCCUCUUUCUGCAAGUGCUAAAAGCAGAACAAACUUGAGAAUGUGCAGGACCUAUAUGAAGAAAGCUAUAUUUUACUGAGGUACGUGAAAAAAGAGAUAAAGGGAGGUUCAUGCCUUGUUUUUAGGUGGGAAAUGUUAAUACUUAAAAACUUCAAUUUCUCCAGCUGAAUCGACAUAUUCAUUAUUUCUGCAAUCAAAAUUCCAGGGGUUCCAUUUCACAACUUGAUGAAAUAAUUCAAAACUACAGUUUAGAAAAUUAAACAGUAAGAAAAAUUCCAAAGGAAGAAGAAUGACUAGAAUUAUAGAGCUACAAUAAUUGAAAUGGUAUGAUUUUGGGAAAAGAUCAGUUAGAUCAAUGAAACUGAAUAGAGAAUCUAGAAAUGGAUUCCUACAUUCCUAUUGGCACAUGAAAAAUGUGGCAUUUCUAAUCACUAGGGAAAUAAUAUAGAUUACAAGAUAAAUGAUAGUAGGUCCAUUGAAUAACCAGUUUGGCGAGAAGAAAAUGCAGUUAAGGUCUGACCUCAAGCGAAAAACAUUAUAAGCUUAAAUAUUUAAAUAUAAUUUAAAUGUAAACCAAAAAUAACCCUCAUAAAUAUAUAGGAAAAAUUAGAAAAUGUUUCAAUAAUUCAGGUGAGGAGCUAUAUAAAAAGCUUUUACAAAUCAAUAAAAUGGUAUACCAAAGUUUUUUUUAAAGUGGAUGAAAACCACUCAUAAAAAGUAGUCAGAAAUCGGGGCUGGCCCCAUGGCCGAGUGGUUAAGUUCGUGCGCUCCGCUGCAGGCGGCCC